UGUUCUGUAAAUCUUUUUCUUUCUUUAUUUUGACUUGAUUUAGACCAGCAGGACUGGUUAGUUCGAGGUCGGAGAGAGAGAAGUUAGAGAUACCGAGAUUAACUCUUACUACUAGAAUCCCUCUCUCUUAAUACAUACAUAGACGCCUGAAAGAAUGGGAUUCAUAUCUUUUGUUGGAAGGGUUCUCUUUGUCUCUGUUUUUAUCGUCUCGUCUUGGCAAGAGUUCAAUGAAUUUGGAGUUGAUGGUGGGAAUGCAGCAAAGGCCUUUGAACCCAAGUACAGUAUUUUCACCAAGCAUGUAACCACUUAUACUGGGAAAGAGCUACCAAACAUUGAGAUAAAACAUAUAGUUGCAGCUGCCAUUGCACUGAAAGGGAUUGGAGGGGUACUUUUUAUCUUUGGCAGCUCUUUUGGAGCUUAUCUAUUGUUGAUUCAUUUGGCUAUCACGACUCCGAUCUUAUUUGACUUUUACAACUACGAUAUCGAGAAACCUCAGUGUGUUCAACUGUUCGUCAAAUUCACACAGAGUUUGGCACUUUUCGGUGCACUGCUCUUCUUCUUAGGGAUGAAGAAUUCAGUAGGUCCAAGAAGACAAACCAAGAAGAAAAUUACUAAAACCAAGACGGGUUAGAUAAAGACUAGUAGAGGAUGAAGUUAUCAGAUUGCAGACGUACUUUUAGAAUCUUAAACUUCUUGUAUCAGUUUUACAUUUUACUUCUUUUGAGCAGAGAUUCAUGAAAAUAUGAUCUUCUAUUGGAUGAACCUUUCUAUCGAAAUAGAAAUCUCUUGUAGAACCAGUUUUUCUGUUAAUUUAAAAUUUUCUUUACUCUUAGUUU